ACGUCCAAAAAUAUAUAAAAUUCGGUCGUAGAAUCGAUCGCAUCAUAUAACGUUGUUACUUCCCUGCCUGAAGAUGAAACUGUUAUUGCUGGUAGCGCUGGUGGGAGCGGUGGUGGCCGAGGAGCCGAUCGGUCUGUACUACCACGAGAACGUGGGCAUCCCUCUGGCGGCCGCCAUCAAGAGGAGCGAGGAGGCCGGCGACUUCGACGGCUCCAGGAUCGUCGGGGGCUCCCCCGCCGCCCUCGGAGACCACCCCCAUCUGGGUGGCCUGCUGAUCACUCUCCAAUCCGGUGGCACCUCUGUGUGCGGCUCCUCGCUGCUGUCCAACACGCGCGCCGUGACCGCCGCCCACUGCUGGUUCGACGGCCGCCAGAACGCGCGCCAGCUGACCGUGGUGCUGGGCUCCCUGCUGCUGUUCUCCGGCGGCACCCGCAUCACCAGCUCCUCAGUGGCCGUGCACGCCAACUACAACACCAACAACCUCAACAAUGACAUCGCCAUCAUCAACCUCAACUGGGUCGCCUACACCAACAACAUCCAGCCCGUGAACCUGCCCACCACUUUGGCCAACAACAACUUCGCCGGCAGCUGGGCGUGGGCCGCCGGCUUCGGACGCACAUCCGACAACACCGGUAUCGGCAACAACCAGUUCCUGAGCCACGUGCAGCUGCAGGUGAUCACCAACGCAGUUUGCGCCUCCACCUACGGCACCAGCGUUGUCAUCAGCUCCACUCUGUGUGUGAGCGGCGCCAACGGACAGAGCACAUGCGGCGGAGACUCCGGCGGUCCUCUGUGGCUCUGGAACGGAAGCCAGCGCACCCUGAUCGGUGUGGUGUCUUUCGGUUCCGCCUCCGGCUGCCAGCGUGGCUUCCCCGCCGGUUUCGCCCGCGUCACCUCCUUCCUCUCCUGGAUCCAGGCUAGAUUGUAAACGCGUCUGACAAUUUGUUAAAGUUAAUUUUAAGUUAAU